GCAUGGGCCACGGGACAAGGGAGACAGUGCUGGGCACCCUGGGGCAGGUGACAAUACUGCAGGUCCCUCACAAGUUCCAGGAGAUGACCAAGGACUCUGGGCAAGCCUACUGGAAACGGGACACAGAGGACCCCCAGAGCAAGCAAGUCCUGGUCAAGUACUUUCCUAACAACUGCACCAACUUCGUGAAGGACCAAAUGCACUUCCACAAGUCUGACUUUUCCCUGGAGAUCCUCAACACCAGCAGGCAGGACCAGCAGCUCUACGAGUAUGGGGUCAGCCAGGGCUCCAAGGAGAAGGUCUGGCAGGUCCAGCUGAAGGUGUUUGAGCCAGUGUCUGAGCCCAGGGUUCAGAUCCUCAGCAGGACAGUGGCAAAUGGCACCUGCACCAUCACCCUCAACUGCACAGCAGAGCGAGGGGAUGAUAUCUGCUACAGCACCUCAGGGCUCUGCUCCCACAACAGCAGCUUCCUGCACCUCUCCUAUGCCCUGGAGAACACGAGUAUCUCCUGUGUCUGCACUGCCAGCAACCUCGAGCUGCUGGUGCUGCUGGUGGUGGCUGUUGUUGUCAUCGUGGUGGUUGUGCUCGUCGGUGCCUUCAAGAUCACCAGCCUGGCCAGGCACAAGGCUAACCAGGAGCCUUUACCAGCCGCCAUGGACAAUACUGUGCACACCAUCUACUCCCAGGUGCAGCGGGUGGAGAAGCCGAAAGAAGCCCCCAGUGCCACCCCCAUGUCCUGCACCACCAUCUAUUCUGCUGCCAGCAGCCUCCCCACGGCCCCUGGCACUGCCCCUCGGCCCCCACCAGCGGCUCCCACCCUGCAGGGACACCCACCCCUCUCCCAGAGUCCCCCCAAGGAGCCCAUGACGGUUUACGCCAGUGUGACGAUGCCCACGGCCUGA